AUGAUCAUUGCAUCUACAUUAAUAUCAAAAGAAACGAAUGCGCAAGUCGAGCUAUUUACAAGGAUUAAUAAGAAAAGUAUUAAGAUAUGGUUACAGUAUUUGGUAAACACGCCCCUUUAUGAUUACUACAAUAUCACAAUUAAUCACGGAUUCCUCAGUGAUGAUGAUGAAGAAACUCAACAAACAGGUAACAUAGAUGAAGUCGCUGAAGAUAUUCCCAUCGAGGAGAGUAUUACAGCUCAGCAACAUAUUCUUCUGUGGAAUGACGAAAAAUAUUUAAGAAUCGCACCUGGGGAAAACAAUAUUCCUCGUAGUUUAUUAUUUGAUGAACACGCGGAAGUCAUUUUCAACUAUUUAUUUGGGACAAUUUAG